AUGACCGCAAGACUCUGCGCCCUUCUCAAGAAUGCCUGGGCCAAGGGGCCAGUCCUGGUCGUGUCCUUCUUCAUUGGGAGCCUCACUGUAAUUCUGCCCCCAAUCAGCCCCUACUUCAAGUACUCUGUUAUGAUCAACGAGGCCACGUCCUACAACUACACAGUGCCUGUCUGCCCUGAUGGGAACAUGCCUGAUGUACCCAGCCACCCCCAGAAACCCCAGGGGCCCCGCCUGGAGUGGCUGAAGAACCUGUGA